UCUUCACAUGCUGGGAGUUUUCUUCCUGGGCAAACACACCAGCCAUGCAUUCAACUUUGUUCUGCUCUUUCAAUUUGUGUCUAUCGGGAUCAGUUAUGUCCUGGCGGGAAGUGAGGCCUACGCUGCACUUUUUCAUACCAGUCAUGUCUACGUGAUCCCUGCAUUUACAUGGACGCUCUCAUUGGGGAUUCUUCUGGCCCAGACCAUCAUUCAGCCCAUCACGUCACUGCUGACGCUACUCAAAGGAAUCCUGCUGGUUAUUACUGUGGCCGUGACAUUUGUUGUGGGUUCAGAGGUUCACCAAGAGACCACAAAUGACUUCACCCAAAUCGGGAAGCCUUUUCUAAUGGGAACAGUUGCUCUCGGUGGGAUUGUCAACGUCAUGCCUUUUUUAUUUUCAGAAAUCUCCCAUGUUAAAACACAGGUUUUAUGGUUCAGAAGAGCUGUACUUGGAGGACUUGCUACAUGCACCCUCUUAAAUAUAUUAUGGUGUUGGGCAGUUUUAGAGAUUGUUCCCCAGAUGGCCGUGGAGUCACUGCUGGAGGAGAAACUCUUAAAUAGCAGCGCAGGACAAACAGAGACGACUCGUACAGCACACACAUUUAUCUACUCCAACAUCUCCCUAGAGGAGUCUGAAAAGGCAGGGGAGAUAGCAACACUACCUCUAACCAAGAUCAUCACACAGAAGUACAGCCGCUUCUCAUGGGUGGCAGAGCUGAUCCAGAUCUUCACCACCAUCAGUAUAACCGUGAGCUUCCUCGUGAUGGGCACAGCCAUGAAGCACACCAUCGAUGGCCUCGUCUCCUCACACUGGACGGAGAACGCUGAACGGAUGGCCAGGAUCAGCUCACAGUGGAGGACAUCAGGCCAGAGCUUCCAGCACUGCAGACGGUUCUUCAGCACUUUCAUGUCCUUUUUGGCUUUCGGCCUCAUUUUUGUCGUUUCAGCUUGUGAUCCGAAGGGAUUUGUUGUGAUGCUUGACAAAGUGGUCUCCUUCUCCUUGAACACGGAGGUGGGCUUGUUCAUCUUCCUCAUGCUGAGAGCCUCCAGAUCCCAGCGUUUCAAGCAUCUGACGGUGACUCUGCCGGCGAGCGAGAGACUCUUCAGGCUCCACUGGCUGCUGCCCAUCUACUUCCUGUUCGCCGUAGCUUACGACGUCUUCAAGAGCAUCCUAGAGAUCACUGAGAACAUGGCGCUGGUCCUCCACACCAACUCUUCUCUUGGAUGAGAACGACUGGAUAUCAGGUGGGACAACAUAUGCUGCUGAGGUCUCUCAGGAACGGACAGUUAUUACCUCACACAACACACACAACUCCGGAGGAUACACACACUGAUCACAGAACCAGCCCAAACGUCGUUCACAGUACCGCAGCAGUGUACAGUAGGUAAAAAAGGCCCCUAGUUCUGACAAGCUAAGACUAUUUUGAUAUCCUCCCAGUUCAAUUUAAGUUAGGACACAUAUUUUGAUUUCCUCAACAAUACUCGGUGAUUAAAUCUGCAGUCGUGUCAUCAAACCAUAGCAACGUUCCAAGAAGAGCUGCUACAAAAAGAACUUGAAGUAAAUCAUGGGCUGUUAUUGUAUCCAGUAUAUAAUUAGUGAUUUAACGAGCAGGCUGGAGUGCUUUGACGAGGAAGAAACCACAAGACAACAGAAUGAAAUACGGUGAUUUGAUUCAAGAGGUUGGAGUUGUUUAUGUAUGUCUAGAUCACAUCAUUCGGUUUUAAAACUGCACGGAUUGAUAUUAUGUAAUAAAUGAUUCAAAUACUUUCUUGGCAAGAUUAUGUUUAAUAUGGCUGCUAUUCAAUUAUAGAAAUGGUUCAACCAAAAAAAUGGGAAUUAUGUUGACAAGAACAUACAUAAAAUAAUCUAAAACGUAA